CGCCUUUUUGAUUUCAACCAUGUGCUCCGCCGUCGGCUUGCGGGUUGUUUGUUUUUGUGAAUAUUAAUUUCACAUUUUUCAGUAUAUUCCUUAAGUUUCGCCGUGCUUACAAUAAUUUUAAGCAUAGCAUCAAAGAGCUAAAUGAAGAUAUAAAAUAAAUUGAAUUUAAGUGGCUUUCAAAGUUUCAAAAUGAGUGAAACACCGACAAGAUCUCGAGCUUCUAGGAAAUCCAACCGCAAUCUUGAUCUUGACUUUAAGCCAAACGUCACAAUACACGUAGUGCAGACUCCGCUGAAGACCAUUGCAGCAUCACCAGCCCCGCAGAGCCCAGCCUUUGCUACCAGAUCAAGGGUCAAAAUUGAUGAAAGUGUUUUAAAGCUUACUGAUCAGUUGUUAAGCGCUAAGAAAAAGUUUAAGACCAGUACCAAGAAACCAUCUAAGCAAACAAAUUCCAAGGAUACAGACAUUGAAACUGAAGAUGAUGAAGAAGAGGAUGCUCAGAAGCAGGAUGUCAUGUCCCAGCAAUCUUUGUUGGCCGAGCCUCUGCCAUCGAGCCAAGAGCCAAUGCUAAUGAUGUCACCAAAUAAUGCUUUAAUAUUGUGUAAAGAAUUGAUAAGCACAGAAAAUGCUGAUGAGCCCAAGGACGAGAGUUCUAAACCAACAGAUGGAGAGGAUAAGGAUGUCCCCAAUUUAAUGCAGGUUAAUGAUGACAUAGAAUUGGAAAAAGGCUCUGCAGAUGAUCCUGCUGAAGAAAAUGCUAGGACUCUGAAUGAAAAAGGUUAUCUUGGUAGUUUAACAACAGAAGACAUCAACACAAAUGUGGAAAAUGAGGAAAGUCAGGAAGAAGAAGAAGAUGACCUCCUUAGCAGUGGUCUUGCUGUAUUAAGCCAGGAAAAGCACCAAGAGAAAGGAGCUGAUGACACAGCUUCUGAUGAAUGCACAGUAGAGAAGGAUUGGGAUUUAAAUGAUGGUGGAGCAGACUACUAUUGUUCCGAUGACAAUGCUGGAGGGUCUCAAAAUAAAACACUUGUCCCUGAAAGUGCUGAUGAGGAGGGAAGUGAUCAAAGUUUCGAUCAAUAUGUUGAAGACAUGAAAGAUGAUGAAAAGCUCAGCUCAUCAUGCCCAAGGGUAAUGUUAGAGAAAAUUAAGAUACCAGAAAGUUCCUCUAGUUGCGAAACAAGACAGAAUACACCAAGGCAGCUCAAAAAAAGAAGAAGCAAAUCUUUGACUCCCAGUUCUGCAGCCAAGAAAAAUUAUUUGAAAAACUUGAUGGACAACAGUCUGAAGAUAAUAUCUAUGGAAAUCAAUGCUGUCGUUGGAACAGAAGACCAGAGGGUGGCCAAUAUCAAGAUUAAAAGAGGUGGAGCUGUUGCGAGCCCAAUGAGACUUAGCCUCACCAAAGCAUCACCUAUUUCUGAGAAGAAGCUACUGUCGAGCACUGAAAGGAAACAAAAGCAGCAGAAAGCCAUGUUUAACUGGAGUGUAACAGAUACUGAUGAGUCGGAAAGCUUUGAUGAAUCCAAGUUGGGCAAAGUGAAGACGUCAGUGCAGAAAGAAAAGAAACAUGGAAGGGAAUCGCCUGUAAAGUUGCCCGACGAGUCAACUUUGGAAGAAAGAGAAAACCCUUCCUCUCCAACCAAGUUGAAGAGAAUAAAACAGAAAGUGGAAGACAUUGAAGUAGACUCUCCUAGGAAAAAUGCUGAAACCAAAAUUCAAGAACCUUCCUCGCCAAGCAAGUCUCUUAAGAAGGGUCAAAAGAGUGAUGAGGUUUUUGGCAAAGGAGUACCUGUAAAAUCUCCUGAAAAACGCAUUGAAGCAGAGAAAUUUACCUCUCCAAGCAAAUCUCCGAAGAAAAGGCGCAAAGAAAAGAAGAGCAUUGUUGGUGAUGCUGAACUAAUGGAAGGUGAAGAGGAGGAGAGGUCUGAUUCCAUCAUGGAGGUUGAUGUAGCUGCAGAUACUAAACCACAAGAAGUAGAUGAAUGUGGAAGUCCUAAGAAAAGGAAAGCUAAAAGUAAGAAAGAAGUAGAAAAAGAUGAAGAUAAUGUGAUGCUGAUGGAUGUUAAGGAAAAUGAAAAACCUAUCAAAGUGCAGGAGUCAAAAGGACAUGAAAGUGAUGAUUCAGAAGACGCACCUGAAGAGGUCAGCGUCCAGACGUCUAAGAUAUCUGUUGAGCAAUUGAUUCAGAAAGAAAUUGAAGCUAUUCAGCUUAUUAAAUUGGCCAAAAAAGAAAAGAAUAAGAAGAGAAAGGAAAAAAGGAAACUAGAAUCAAAGGCUGCCAAAGCAGGAGAGCUAGGUGAAGAAGAAAUUGUCCUUAAGGCAAAGAAGAAGAAGAAGAGAGACAAAUUGGCAAGGGAGGGAAAGAUACAAGACGAGUUGCAGAAAAAAGAGGAGGAGAAGAAAGUAGAAGAAAAUGAGACAGAGUGGGCUGCACAAAAGAAAAUUCCUGACAGUAUUUUGGAGGAGCUGGAAACUUUAGACAAGUUGGGAGAAAGCAAGAAGAAAACCAAAAAGAAGAAAAAGAACAAAUACAAAGUACAUGAAGAGGAGCAAGUGAAGCCUAAAAAAACUAAGUUUUCUGAGGAUUUCAUCCCUCUGGAAGUAGAAGGUCCCACCAACUUUGGUCUGGUGCCUCUCGAUGAGUCCUCAAUGAGAGGAUUCGUCAGUGCCAAGGAAGCAAGAAAAUGGAAACAGCAGUUUAGCAUUGGCAAGAAUACUAAAAUUGAUGUCAACAAGUCAAAGAAACUGCAGGCAAAGUUGAAGGCUCAGGGUCACUCCAUUCCCAAGGGCUUCAAAGGCGACCAGCACUUCUUUUAGGUAAAAAGUUCUUCUGGCACGUAAUAUUUGAAUUUUAAUUUUCUAUCAGUUGUCCAAAGGACAGCUAGAUUUAUUCGACAUUUUUCUAUAUCAGUUGCAUUUUGUAUGAACUACUAAAUGUUAUGCACACACUGCAUACUUGCGGAGACUUUGUAAAUCUGUGGACAAGUUAUAAAUGCCUAUGUGUUUAAAAAGGUGACAAAUUUUGAGAAUAAAAACAUAAUGUUUUUAAAUA